UUUGAUUGAUUGAUCCUCAUCUGAUGUCAUGUUUUCUUCAAGUUUUCAUCUUCUGUUUAUCACUACCUAGGUGUACAAAGAAAACAAGAAAAGGGCAAUACACCAAAGAAAACAAGAAAAGGGCAAUACACCAAUAUUAAGUGCAGUAAAACACCAAGGAAAACAAUUAACUAAGAACCCACUAGAUGCAUAUUAACAUAAUCUGACUGAGUAGUAUUAUGGAGUUUUCUUUUGAUACAAACCACAUAUUCACUGACAGGAUCACCAUUGUGGACCAAACUGUUUUUUCAGAAAGUCCUGAAUCAGACAUUUUGGCCCACAUAGGCACAGUCAUAGAUGAACUUGGAAGAGCCUCGGCAACAGCCCAAAAACUCAGAGCACCCGUAACAAGUGCUUCCAAACUGCAGUAUCAGAAGAAUCAGAUCUACAUUCUAAAUGAAAGAGAGAACAAUGGACAUGGUGUCAUUCUGGGAUUCCUCAAGGUCGGCUACAAGAAAUUAUUUCUCUUUGACAAAAUGGGUGUGUACAUAGAAGCAGAGCCACUGUGUGCUUUGGAUUUCUAUGUAGUGGAGAAGUUCCAGCGGCAAGGCUAUGGAUUAGAGCUCUUUGAUUCUAUGUUGAAGCACAAUAAGUUGGAUCCAGUGCUGUUGGCUUAUGACAGACCCACACACCAAUUCCAGUCAUUCCUGACAAAACAUUACGGCUUGACAAGACGUAUUCCACAGGCCAAUAACUUUAUGGUGUUUGAAGGCUUCUUUCCCAACAGAACAGCUGCCCAAUUGAGAAAGGCUCCUCUAAAAAAGACAGACAGAAAGAUCAAAUCCUGCUCUUCAGUUGAGAGACAUUUUUUUCCUCCUCAUGCCAGCAAGGAAUUGGUAUCAUCCCCCGGGUCCCAUUCCCUCAGCAGGGCAUCCUCCCACAGCAGGGUGUCUCCUCAAGUGCCCACAGUUUCUGACUGUGGAGACAAGGACCAGAUCACACAGUCCCCUCUCUUGAAGGCCUACAGGGUGUUAUGCACCAGACAACAAGCUCCUGGUGCAAACUGCAGCCUGAACAGUCAGCAAAAGGAAAACAGAGAGACACACUUUAAUAGGAUGCUAAAGCCUGGAAGGGUGAGGAAGAUUCAGGGAGGUAGACUGUUCACAGUAUCUGGCAGGUGA